AUUUACGCAUGCGCAUACAUAAAUGAAUUUGCCUUGCUGGACAUUGAGAGGGUUCAACGAAUACUGACAAUUUUAUGCUAUGCCACGAAUGUGCUGAUUUCAAAAUGUAUUUUUAUUGAUGACCAUACUUGUAGCUGUCGCUCAACAGUACCUGCUACGUGUAUCAGUGCUAUUUUGUUGGAUAUAGUGUGCAUUUUUUUGUUCUGUGGGCUGACUGAUUUUUGUUGUCCAUGGGACAACACUAGAUGGCGCUUACCGGAAGUUGAAAAUGUAAACAAAUACAUGCGGAACGAUUUAUGUACGUUUAAGAUUUGUCAGCUCAGCAACUUUCUUCAGUUGACAGAAAUUUAUGAUUUGAAAAAGUCACAAUGAGUGUCCAAGUGAAGACACCAACCAAAACUCGAUUUGAUUGUCGGACGGAAAUACAGUGUGGAGAAAAAAGCUUUUCUUCUCCAGAAAGUUAUAGGAAAUCAAAAGAUGAUUUAAGCAUUAAAAAUGAAACUAGGUUUUCCCAACCAUGGGGUAGGAAAAGAAGAUACAGUCAAAGCUACCGUAGAGAAGAAGGGGCAGCUAGGAGAAAAAGGCUGCGGUCAACACCUUAUAUUGGACCUCUUCCUAGCCGUUUCUUGAAUGGUGGAAGCAUAGAUGAUCCCCUCAACUUGAAUGGAUUAGAUUCUUCAGAGCUUGGAAAAGAGCUCAAUUCAGUAACGCCACAGUCAUCUCCAUUACCUGCACCAGUUAGAAGACAAUCUGUAGAAGUCAGAAUUCCAUUUAAUAUCACAGAUCCUUUAAAUCUAAAUGACAGUGACGAAGAAGCAGACUUGGAAAAAAAGUUGAGAAAAAAGAAACAAAGAAAUCGGCAUAAGAAAAAAGAUGAUUCAUUACUCUUCAGUCCCCCAAAACACUUAAACAAAGACAAGAAUCUCAUGGAAGCUCUUAAAAUUGACAUUGAACCAGAAAAAGCAAUUCCAGAUCUAUCGGGUGUGAAAGAAUUUACAAAACCAAGGCCUGUUUGUGACAAGAUCGUGUCACCAGUUAUUCCGCAAACUUCACCGAAAAGUAAGAAAAGGCGAAGAACAGAUAGUGGUGGCAAACCAGAUCCAUCACCCUCUGUUUCGAGAUCUCUACCUACAUCAACCAUCAGUCCGUCAUUGAAACCAGAUAAGAAAACACCACCUAAACGCUUUAAGCAACCUAAACCAUCACAAGCAAAAGCAAGUUCAUCGGUGCAAAAGGGUGAUAAAGCUCCAGCAAAGUUUAUUUAUGGCAAUUACAACAGAUAUUAUGGGUAUCGAACUCCUUCAAGCAUGGAGGACAAACGUUUGAAUUGUUUUAAGAAGGAGUGGUUUGAUGGAAAACGUGUUCUUGACAUUGGUUGCAAUGUAGGAAAUUUAACAUUAUCAUUAGCAAAAGAUUAUCAUCCAUCAAAAAUUGUUGGAAUAGAUAUUGAUCCAAAGCUGGUUGCUCUUGCCAGGAAAAACAUACGGCUGUUCAUGUCAUCCAAUGUUACAGAUACAACAAAAUUCCCGAUCUCAAAUGUUCUCAACUAUGGUCCUAUUAUUGCGCCACCUGUCUCGCAAAAAGAAUCAAACAAACAGGCAAAUUUCCCACACAAUGUUUUGUUUAUGCAGGGUAACUUUGUGCUGGAGUCUGAUGAGCUGCUUGACCUUCAGAAAGAAGAGUAUGAUGUCAUCUUGGCCCUUAGCGUGACAAAAUGGAUACACUUUAACUGGGGUGAUGAUGGGCUGAAACGUUUCUUCAAGAGAGUGUUUCGGCAGUUGAAGCCAGGAGGGAGGUUUAUCCUGGAGCCACAACCAUGGUCAUCUUACAAGAAAAAGAAGAAAUUAACUGAGGAGAUAUUUCAGAAUUUCCAGAACAUCCACCUGCGUCCUGACCAGUUUACAGACUACCUGCUGUCCAAGGAGAUAGGAUUUUCUACAUGUAAUACUGUUGAUGUGCCAUAUAAUGCUUCUAAAGGCUUCCGUCGUCCAAUCAUUGUAUUUACCAAAUCAGACACAGUUCAAAACAGUCCGUGGUCAGAAGUUGGAAAUGCAACACCAUUAAGAAGUAGCCAUCCAGCAGUAUUUGGAAGUCAUUUAAGUCAGAUCUCUGAGGAUAGUUGCUGUUCUUGCUCAUCCGUCUCGCAGCAGUCAUCGGCAAGUGAACACAUUGAUGUACCUGUCUUGUCGCAACAGUUGUUAACAGGGGAAGACAUAGAUGUACCGGUCUUGUCGCAACAUUCUUUAACAAAGGACAGUGUUGACAGAGCCGGGUCGUCGCAGCAGCCAUCAACGAAUGACAGUGCUGACAUAAGAAUGUUGCAGCAGUCAUCACCAAAUGACAGUGAUCACGUACCUGUUCCGACACAGCAGUCCAGUGUUGGCGAUAUCACUAAUGAAAAUAUUCAGUCUGAUAGUUAUGCAGAUUUUAGGUCCAUGUCAGAUAAUAAUCUUGGCAAGGAAUUGUCAAAAGAUAGCAACGAGAAUGUGUCAGUUAUGGAUUGUGACUCAGCAGAAAUCCAGACCGAACCUAAAAUUACCAAAAAAGAGAUAUCUCUUAGUUUAUCCGAAUCUGGCCAAAAUGAUGUGUCCUCAACAAAGGAUAGUAAAGAUGUUUCUGUGUCUGAGAUGGACACAGGUGAUGUACCCUUAUUGGAAAAGGAUGCAGAGGAUAGUUCUAAGCAAAGUUUAAAUGAAAAGGAUAGUUCUUCAUAAAUAUUUUUAUGGAAAAAAAAGAUAUGAGGAAAUGUAUUAGAAACAUUACAAGUCUUUGCCAAGAAGUGGCAUGAAAAUGUAAUUGUACUACCAGGCCUGUGUUCAUGGGUUAAAGUCUGAAACUAAGAGGAACACUUUCAGUUAAAAAUGCGUAGAUUCAGUCUGUCUAAAAGCUGUUUAUAGCAUUAUUAUCAAUACUGAUUCAAUUUUGUUGAGCCAUCUGUAGCUACAGAUUAACUGUUGUGAGAAGUUCAAUUAUAAUGCGUAAAAUACAAAUAGGUAUGUUUCUGGUGCCUCGACCAACUGUAUAUUUUGACCAUUUACCUUUUCUUUGAAAAUUUCAAUGGAUGGCCUAUGACACUUAUUCAUUGUACAGUGUUAAAUCUUUUCAGGUUAUUAGCACAUAUAAUGUAUUUACAGAAAUGUUUGAAUUACUGAUGUGUACUUUCAACAACAACAAAAAUUUACCUAUAGACCAUAUUUUUAGCUCACCUUAGCUUGAAGGGCUCAGGAGAUAAGCUAUCGUGAUUACUCACCGUCCGUCGUCUGUCCGUCAGUCCACACUUUUCUACAAACAACAUCUUUUCUGAAAGCGCUUGAUGCAAAUCGAUGGAACUUGGCCUGUAAGUUCCUUGGAUAGUCUUCAACUUAAGUUGUUCAAAUCUUAAAGAUCUCAAGGCCUAGAGUUUAGAUAACUUGCAUGAAGCAUUGUGUAGUUGUCCUCUAUCAUAAUUUAGAGAUAAACCCUAAUAUUUCAAAGAUAGAAAUACAUUAGAUAAAGUCUAGACAUUGAUUUUUAAGUCCUUCAAAGAACUAAAAUGCUUUCACAAAUGUGAAAUUUAUUAUAGCUUUGAUUACUGUGAAAUCAUUAAUUUUCAUGGGGGACUAAUUUUCUUGGAUUUCGUUGUUGCGUCAAUCCACGAAAUUAAGUCCCAACGAGCAAAUAAAAUUCCCAUUCAUUUUAUCUUAUUCACAUCCACAAGAAAUAGCCAUUUUGGUCAAAACCACGAAAAUUCAUGCCCACGAAAUUAAAUGAUUUCACAGUAUAUCAAUUACAGAAGUUUUGAUAUUUAAUUAAAAGUUGUGAUCUGUAAAGAAUGACAACUCUUGCCUUAGUCCAGUACCUACAUGCAGAUAUAUCUAUAAGUUUACUUCCCUUGCACAAUUGAGUGGAAAAUGAAAAAUGGUUUUAACUUUUUGGACAACAAAAACGUUUAGGAUAUAUUCAUAUGUGUUUGUUUUACCUUUUAAAACUGCUACAUAUUUUUUGUCAGCUUACUUAUGAAGAACUUUUAACAAGCCGAUGAUAAAACGAGAUAUCACUUGUUUAUAUGAGCCAUGCCAUGGGAAAACCAACACAGUGGCUUUGCGACCAGCAUGGAUCCAGACCAGCCUGCGCAUCCACGCAGUCUGGUCAGGAUCCAUGCUGUUCGCUAACGGUUUCUCUAAUUGCUAUAGGCUUUGAAAGCGAAAAGUAUGCAUCCUGACCAGACUGCGCGGAUGCGCAGGCUGGUCUGGAUCCAUGCUGGUCACAAAGCCACUAUGUUGGUUUUCCCAUGGCACGGCUCAUAUAUGAAAAACUGGUACAAUUUGUGUGAUAACUUUCUCAGAUUUCUAUAAGUUUUAAUUAGCUUUAUGCAGUUUUAUUUUCUCACUUCCCUUCUCCUUACCAGCUGUAAAAUAUCUACCAUAUAACAUGUAUGUUAUAAUAUUUUCACCCAACAUUGGUAAAGUAAAUAUGAUCAUUAAAUUUUGUUGUAUGCUGUUACACCCUGGAAUGCAUGAACUCCGGAAUGUUCCCUCCUUGUAUUACAUGUCAACACCACCAUUUAGACUAAAAGCAACAUGUACCCAUUUGAGUCAGGUGAGCGAUAUAGUGCUAUUAUAAUCUAUGCCACCAGAAACAGAACUUUUUUUGGCCUAAAUAUGUGCUAAUAAAAAAAUAAGAGAGCAAAAACAAGUUUUAGCCUAUUAUAGCGAUGUAAUUGAUUCUGACAAUAUCAGUACAUUAACAAUAUAACUAUGAUAAUGCCAUUUUGAAAUAUUUAAUGAUGAUUUACCAGACAAUGAUUCACACUUUGACACUAGAACAAAUGCUGGACUGAACCAGAAAAUAAAUAAUUACUGGAUAUCCUUAGUGCAGAAUUUUAUAUCUAUUGCUGUCAGAAUACAUGUACUUCUUAUUCAUGUUAAAUAUAUAUGACUGACCACAGCCAUUUAGUAUGGUAUAACUAGAUUGGGAGACAUCCAGUAAUACAUUAAAACAUUUAACACGCAAAGUCUCAGUGGGGUGGGCAAAAUUUUGUACAGAGUUUUGAGGUAUCCAAACAUAGAGAUUAUCAGAAAAGAGGCCCUAAACUACAUGGAUCCCUUUAAGUGUUUGCGGUUCUUGGGGCUAGCGAGCCAUCAGUGCUUUACCAAGUGAUGUUUUACUGUUAACCUGAUGAGCUGUUUUUAAAGGAAAAAGUAUCCAUAUUGUACAUAUAUCUUAAUCGUUACGCAGAUUGUUGUCAGCUACAUCCCUAGCAUUUUAAAAUCUGAGUCUUAAUUUCAGACUUGAAAUUCUGUUGGGCCCAGGUAUCAAAUAACAGGAAGAAUUUAUUUUUGAUCUGUAAUCAGUACAGAUAAAAGUAGAUGUAGACUGAAAAAGACUUUAAUACAUUAGAGUACAACUGAGAACAGGUUCAAAAUCACAAUACCUAGCUAAAUAUAUGUUGUAUAUGUUUUCAGAAGUAGUUUUUCCCCCACCCUCCCUCCAAAAAAAAAUUCUAAUUCAGCAUUCUCAUUAAAAUGUUUAACAUGUACAUGUUGUGCAUUAUGUAAUUCAAUUUUACUACAAUUACUUCUGAAAACCAUGUUAAUUGCUUUCUUUUGUUCAAAGGAACAAAUAUAGGAACCCACUCAACUUAUUUUAAUACAAAUAUUUAACAAACAGAUUUUGCUGUAUUUAUGCAUGAAUAUUUGGUGCAGAUGGGAGUGAAUGUGACAUACAGAAUAUAUGAAAUGACACAUAUAGUAUUGUAACCAUUUUUUACGGUAGCUAUUUACAUACUUGUGCUAUGAAUAUUCAUUAUUCUUUAUUUGUUUCCUCUUUCAACAUGUUCGUCAUAUUAUUGUCAAUUUAAUUAUGUUCUCAUACACUGUUUUGAAUUAUGAAAUGAAUGUUUCAUAUUAAACAGAUUUGAAUAUUUUCA